AUGUUAUGUUACUUCAUAAACAAUCUUUCACUUCAAGUGAAAGUCGAGAUUAUCAACAUCAUCAUCUUUGGACGUUGCUUAACAAUGAAUUACUUAAUUCUUAUAUUGAGCUGCUUUUUGGCUUUAUCUCUGGCCGAUUUACGUUCUGAUCUACGUGAUUUCCUUUCGUUAGUUCCAAAACGUCGCCUCAACUAUGUAGUCGCUCGUUAUUAUAUAUUCGAUCCAAAGUUUCGGCAAUCUAUUGAAUAUGUGCGGAGUGAAGAGUUUCUACAGACAUGGCAGCAAAUACGACAAUCACCCGAUUUCAUGCAGAUUGUAGAAUAUGUCACAGAACAUGGAUCAGGAUAUGAUAUCACUAGAUUGAUCGAUCGUAUUCCCCAACGUUUGCGUGCAUAUCAACUGUCUCGAUUGGUGCCAGUGGAUAUGGUUCUAAACAGAGAUUUAACCACAUUUCUCAGCGAAUUAAUGCAAACUUUACCCCGAGCUCAGAUUUAUUCGCUAAUCUCACGUAAAGUGCGUGAAAAUGGUGAUUUUGCCAAGCUCUACAAGGCACUCAGACAACCAGAAUUUCGACAACUAGUGGACAAGGCAAAGAACUCACCCGAUCUGAGGGAGCCUUUGAAUCGAUUGCGUCGAAAGAAUAUCAAUGUGGAUGAAAUUAUUCAACUGGUCUUUGAGCUGUUGUCGUGGGGACCAAAGGUUUAGAAAAUUUAAGCUUAGACAAUGUAAGAUGGAAUGGAAGGG